AUGAGGUCUGGCCCUCUAUGGGCACUACGCAGCACCAGCGUGGCAGUUAACGCACAUAUUAACAGACACGCGUGGGUCGGUUGGCUCUUCAUAUACCUCACCGAGUUCAGCUUCUUUUCGACUUUUCGGUUGAGCAACCUCAGCGCUCUCGUGAAGACCUCGACGACUCCUGACGACGACACGACUCCGAUACGAAUCUAUGGAGUGUUGCUGGGUAUAGUGCAGGAUUUCGUCGUGAUAAGCUUCGAGGUUGUGGUACUCUCUUUAUUUGACGCAGCGAUCAAUCACUCGUGCUGGAAUGACACUGCACCGAAUGGAUGCAUGGACUGCUUCACACGAGGUAUCCCGUUUUGGUCGCGAACAAAGCUCGUGUGCAAGCGGCUCUGGCGGUUUGCCGUGAUCUAUUCGGUGUGCGUACUCUCCCUGGCGACUUUUGCGAUGGAUGUGGUGACUGUACGAAGCUACCAUCACCGAUACGAGCUCGGGAUCGUUGCGAUUGUGAUCACAGUGUGGUUUGAUCUAGCACGGUGGACACCACUCGGGUUGGCAACGAAGAGGAAAGGUAUCAACAGUCGAGGCCCAGGAUCGCCCACAGUGGGCUUGAGACCUCCAGUCACUUACCUCGCAAUGGACUCGAACGAUUUCAUCGAUUCAGAUGAGAACUUAUGCUCUUUCUUCGACUCAGAUAAUCGCAUGAUACGAGGCACUCAGCGACCACAAUCCCCAGCAAUCCUUUCGGAGGAUAGGCGCGAUCUGCCGCCUUCAAACAUAAAGUCUGUUGUGUUUGGCCUCGGACUCGCAAUCAUAACUUUCAUCCUCACUCCGCUGCUUGUGCUACUAAUAACAAGCUAUUGUCCGCCUGCUGUAGCAAGCAUAGCGCUCAAUUCCAGCCUUAACGAGCCGAUUCGCCUUGUUACGGCGAUUUCGUUCGUACCAAGCUGA